CAAGCAGCACCCAUGAUCUAAUCUCAGCGGUGUUGAGGUCUGUUAUCCUUCUACGGGUCUUCGGUUCGAAACUUGCCCUAGUUCCUCGUUUCUCUUUUUCGACUCGAUCCAUCUGUCUUCAUUUCUGCUGCCAUGGAUGGAAACCAGUCAUCUUCUACUCGAAGAAAGGUAAAGUUCGCUCCGAGAUCUCCUCCUACCAGGAAGCCUAAACCAAAGACGCCGAAAUAUGAAGCUGGAGAUGAAGAUGAUGGAGAAAGUGCUCAGGCUCGAGCUCUGUUACGUCACAUGAACGAGAGUAUCGCAAGACGCAGUCCUAAAGUUGAAAAAAAAUCAAAUGUGCAAGUUACAUUUGGUCCCGGUGCUAGUUCACCGCCAUCCCUACGGACAUAUGGUAAAAGUAAGGGUGUGAAUGGAGGUCAAAGCAGCAGCUCUUCAACCAAAUCUUCUGGCAGUGGGAAAGAUGUUUUAACAUUUCAUUCAACUGCUGUGGAGAAUCAAAGUGAUGUUUGUAUGAUAGAUGCUACUAAUGCUGUCAUUGAUGCAUCAGCUAGGAAAACAAAACAGGAAUACCAGGAACCAUGGGAUCAUCAAUCUUACUAUCCUACUACUCUGCCUCUGAGGAAGCCUAAUUCUGGGGACCCAGAAAUUCUCGAUGAGGAAGAAUUUGGGGAAGCUGCUACUAAUAUAGAGUUUGAUGAGGAUGCUGUUAAUAAUGCUGCAGAACUUGGUCUCUUGGAUAAAAAGGAGGAAAAACAGAUGCUUUUGUUUCAGCUCCCUGCUCUGCCGUUGGUUAAGCAGUUGGCGAGUGGGAAAGGGAAAGAGAAAGUAGGUACAUCAGAAGCUUCCAUGAAGGGCUGCAAUAAUCUGGAAGAAUUGUCUGGUGGCUACAUGGGCAAAAUGCUCGUAUACAAGAGUGGAGCAGUAAAAUUAAAGCUUGGAGAGAACUUGUUUGAUGUUUCUGUGGGUUCAGAUUGUGUAUUUGCUCAAGAUGUGGUGGCAAUGGACACUGCAAGAAAAAACUGUUGUGUUCUUGGGGAACUUGGCAAAAAAGCUAUUGUAACUCCACAUGACUUUGAUUGAUUCCAGGCAGAGGGAUGAGUUUGGCUCUCAGUUAUGUGGAUAAAUGUGUUGAUGAUGGUGAUAAUCUUCUGUUAACACAGAAAGUGAGCAGGGAAGAAGUGAGAUUGGCAUGUUUUCAACUUGAUGGACAGAAGGCACUUGGACCUGAUAGUUUUUCAGGUCAGUUUUAUCAUUUUCUUGGGAGGAAGUGGGUAAGUAAUAUGCUAUUUGAAGUUGUGAGGAAGUAUUUGGAGGAAGGUGUGGAUCUGCAGGAUAUUAACAAGACAGAUUUGGUUAGGAUGCCAAAAGUUGAUAAACUUAUGUUAGGCAAUAUAGACCUAUCAGCUUUUGUAAUUUCUGUCAUAAGAUGAUCGCUAAAGUAAUGACAAAUAGAGUGAAGAGUAGUAUUAUGCCAAAGUUGAUUUCUCAAAAUCAGUGUGCCUUUGUUGAGGAGAGAGUGAUUGAAGGUAAUAUUAUUGUGGCACAUGAAGCUUUUCAUUACCAAGGAGAGGAAGAAGUAUGAAUUAGCUUUGAAGAUUGAUAUGAACAAGGCAUAUGAUAGGGUUGAGUGGAAUUUUUUGAGAGAAGUUCUGCUCAAAAUGGAAUUUGCUGAUGUGUGGUUUAAGCAAAUUAUGGGAUGCGUUGAAUCAAUGAAGUACAAUAUAAAUCUGUUUGGUAAGAAACUAGCAAAUAUUACAGUUGGUAGGGGAGUAAGACAAGGGGACCCCUUGCCUCCUUAUAUGUUCAUAAUUGUUGUUAAGGUGCCGUCUAAUAUGGUUAGGAAUAAUGUGUUGAAAAAUGAUAUUACCUUUUUUUUUUUUGGGAGAUGAUCCUGUUUUCUUUUUAAGGACAGCUAAAAAAAGCUGUGAAACAUUGAGAUCUAUUUUUGAGGCACAUAGUAAUGCAUCAGGUCAACAGGCAAAGCUGAAUAAAUCUGGUUUUUUUUCCUACAAA